UAGUUGACGGGGUUGGCACCCACAAUUGACGAGCUCUAUUUCUCUCACGAAUUUGGUGGAUGGAAACUAAAUACCACCAAAUGUGUGUCAGUGAAACAGAAGAUUCUUCUAGUUCAAUGUUCAAUUUCAUAAACGACAUCACACUAUUUUAUUUUGAAAUGCUUUCGCGGAACUGCCACACUUGUGUGGAGUUGUUUUAACUUUCCAUGGCGAGAUGGCCGUGCAGUAGCUGCGCGUUCCCGAGAAUUCGGAACGGGUUCCGUAGACGGUCAGCCGAAGGCGAGACAACUCACCGCAGUCCUAUUCCGGACCCACUGAUACAAAAUAAGAACGGUCUGGUCCGGAUUUACUGUAUGUGCAGCCCGAGAACAGCCGGCAUCGUGGACACCCGGAACAGGACUUAACAUCUAAUGACAGACGCAUCCUUGGAGCGUUUUUACAUCGUAGCCGGGCAGCCUGGCUGCCUCCCUGCCUCCAAAUGAAUGAAGAGCACUCCGGAUCACAGAGACUCUGCUGAUACAGGGCAUGCAGGUGUUUCUGCAAAUAUGAUGAAGAAAAAAAAUCCCAAUAAGAAACAUAAGAGCAAUCUGGGCCCGACCACCAAAGUUCUGUCACAGCCACGGCGCAACAUCGUCGGCUGCCGCAUCCAACACAUCUGGAAGGACGGAAGUGGCCACGUCGUAUGGAAAGGGACCGUUCUUGACCAGGUGCCGGUGAAUCCAUCUCUUUAUCUGAUAAAGUACGAUGGCUUCGACUGUGUGUACGGUCUGGAGCUCCACAAGGAUGAGAGGGUUCAAGGGUUGGAGGUGCUUCCUGACCGACUGGCCAAAUCCCGGCUGACCGACGUCAAUCUCGCUGAUACGAUGAUCGGCAAAGCGGUGGAGCAUAUGUUUGAGACGGAGGAGGGUCCAAAGGAGGAAUGGCGGGGGAUGGUGCUGGCCCGGGCGCCCAUCAUGACCACCUGGUUUUAUAUCACCUAUGAGAAAGACCCGGUCCUCUACAUGUACCAACUGCUGGAUGACUUCAAAGAAGGAGACCUCCGCAUCAUGCCUGACUCGAAUGACAGCGUCCCGGCCGAGAGGGAACCGGGCGAGGUGGUGGACAGUCUGGUGGGCAAACAGGUGGAAUACGCCAAAGAGGACGGGGGCAAACGAACAGGCAUGGUCAUCCACCAGGUGGAGGCCAAGCCUUCCGUGUACUUCAUCAAGUUCGACGACGACCACCUCAUUUAUGUCUACGACCUGGUGAAAACUUCAUAAGACUUUGCAGCCAUCCUGACACUCCCCCCGCCCACACCACACGCUGACUGACACACACGCCCGAUUUCUGUACCACGCUCCGCAGACCCUUCAUGACGAAAGCC